ACUGACUGAUUGGCUGCCAGAAUCAGGUCAAUGAUGGACCUUGAGCUCUGGAUAUCUCCAAAACGCUUUGCCCCAGACAUGAAGCCCCACCGGCGAUAACCAAACGGGGGAUUCUCGAAGUCGUUGAGAUCGACAUGAAACGACUUUACAUCCUUUUCAACUUGCGGACCGCUUCGCAGGGGGGUUCUGAGUCGUUGCUAGUGGAGCUAGCUUUAAUGGCUCGUCUUGCGGACCGAGAUCCCAUCCGGUUGCGAGCUUCGAGAAUUUCGCCGACGGACCCAGGCUUGAGGGCCUGUCCUGAGGACCAAGGUCAUCCAGUCGCGCGCUUCGAGAUCUUCGCCGAUGGAGCCAGGCGACCAGGAGCCAUGCAUGGUUGUGCUGUACAGCCUCAGGUCGUCGAACAAGAAGAUGCUCCUAGCACUGUCCAUGGAUCGCUGGAGCUUGCUUGGGUUGACCUGAACGAGAAAAUGCUUCCGAACUAUCCUCCUGAACUGUCGGCGAGAUGGGAACAGACCGAUGCUCCUACGCUGUCCAUGGAGCGCUGGAGCUUGCUCAGGUUGUCCGGUCGAGUGAACGACAUUUCGGUCCCUGCAAAACAGACCUGGUUGUCUGCACAUGCUUCCUCGUAGGUCAUGAAGUUGCUGGAGUGAAGUCGAUCCUGCGAUCUCGAUGACAGUGCUCGAGGAAACGGCCCAACCUUCCGACUAUCUUACGAGGGUUCCGUAGUCAUAGGUGCUCGCCUCGUUGCGACGGCGAGCAGCCUCA